AUGGAUAUUUUGUCGGUGCGGAAAGAGCUGGAAAAGGUUUAUUCUUUGGUUACGACACAUGGAAGCACUGCAGAGGUGGCUGCAUAUGCAAAUGCGAUCGUCGGCCUGGAUACUUUGGCUGGCAAAGGCAGCCAGUUGACGGCCUGUGGUGCAACAGCCCGGGUGCGGAUGUAUGACUUUGCAUCCUUGUUCAAAGCCUUCAAGUUCUCGCUGACCUUGCGGAACGCUUCGAAGAGCCCUUGUUUGCAUGGUGGUGGUGGCGUCAUGGAUAUCACAACCCAUGCCAUACACAUCCACAUCUGUCACUUGGAUGAGAUUGUCAGCGAGAACUUGAAGGCUUUGAACAAGGAUGCAAAGUCAUACAUCCGCACCCGGGCUGUUGCACCACAGGAUCAACUGGCUGCCUUUGCCAGCCAAAGUAUCCAGGCCGACGAUCGCAUUUGCAUACGUCCUGACAAGCUUUCAACUGACUAUAUUUUCAUUGCAGAUGCCGAGAGGCUUGGAGACUUGCUGGCACUGGAGCCAGGGCAUGGGGAGGUAUGGAAAAAUGCCAGCAGUGCCAAGGAGCUUGAGGAUCCUUGCAAAAAAGCCAUGGAAGAACAAAAUGAGGCUUGUGACAAGGCCACUGACAUGAAAGUUGACAAUUCUGGGCUUGGAGAUGAAGAUGAUGUGAGUUCUGAAGUGUCCGUGGAUUCGAAAGGCUGCCAUUCCUCAGCAAGAGAGCCCAGUCUCACAAAGAAGCCUUGGAGCAGCAAGCUGCAGAAGCAGCAGAGAGGACAUGGUGCUGUCAUCGAUGCCCUCCUUCCACAUUGUGGAACGCAGGGCAUGACAAAAGCAAAGCUGGUGGAGCUGAGAAAUGACAUGCUUGCCCAGCACAGAAGUUGCAUUGCCAGGAAGCGACGGGAUGGCAACCCUUUCAGAGGCCAAUGCUUUGCAGAAGCUGCUGAGGAGGAAGUUCAGACCACAGAUGAGAUGGUGGAUGCAGAAGCUUCACAAGCCUUCCAACCAAAGGGGAGCCAGGAUGGGGUGGAAGGAAAGGAAGAACAUGUGAAGCUUGAGCCAAGGGCAGAAAGGGAGGAGCUUGAAACAAGGCCAGCAGGCAAGAAUGAGAGGCUUGAGGCACAGCCAGAAGAGCAGCAGGUGGCCAAAAGACCAGCAGCUAAGAUGGAAAAAUGUGGAGAAACAGCCAAGAAGAGGAAGACUGGCCUUGACAAAGACCAGACAGAGAAGGAAAAAGAGAGGCCCGAAGCAAAGCCAGAAAACCAGCCUGGCCAGGACCAGGGAGAGAAUGAUGCUAAGGCAGAAGACUUUGCUGAAUUGACAGCUGGACAGCUGCUCAGGCAUGAGUCUUACAUGAAUGCUGUGAGAGGCCUGAAAGAAGGCCAGAUAACAGAACAGGCAUUCCUUGCCAUGUUUACCCACAAGCAAAGGCAAGGCUUGUUCAAGAUGAUGGAAAGCCAUAGGUCACCGAGCACGGCUGCAAAAUGGAAAUCACUACAAGGCACAGGUUCAAACAGCAAAAAGCAAAGCAUGCUACUGGCCUUCAUCAAAGGAGGCUUGAAAAAAAGCCUGGUCAACUUCAAGCAUACUGUGCAGCAGGGCUGGGAAAGCACAAAAACCACUGCCUGGGUAUCUUGGAAGCAAAAAACAGAUGAGCAUGGCAAGGAUGAAGCAAUCCAAAGACUGAAAGCUGAAGAGGCGUGGAAAAAGGGCCUGAAGCUAUGGCAGUUUUUGAAGGUAGAAGAAGAGAUAAAAAUGGGCAGGAGCGGAAACCAAGCAAUGACUGGCUGCUCUAGUGGAGUGGCAACAGAAGAGCAGGGAGAAAAGGUGGCAAGAGCCUUGAAAUCUGUCCAGGCUUCUGAUGAAGAAUUCUUCAAUGCUGCUUGGCUUGGAACAAAGCCAAAGAAUGCCUGCAUGGAAGACUGGCAGCUGACAGAGUCAGAGGAUCUGGAAGCAGCCCCACAGCAUGAGUCAGAAGAUGACAUGGAAGUCUUCCUGGCUGGGGGCAGAGUUGAGGAUGCAUCUCCAGAGGCCUGUGAAAAGGCCAAACCUUCAAAGGCCCCUGGCAAAACCACCCAGAAGCCUUCAGAGGCCUGUGAAGAGGCCAAACUUUCAAAGGCCAGGACCGAGGCCUGUGACAAGGCCAAACCUUCAGAGGCCUGUAACACGGCCAAGAAAGUUGAAGAGAAGUUGCAGGAAUUCGACAAAAAUGUGGAUAAUUUGUCUUCCUGUGACAUGGGCGAAGCCAGGAAGAUGGUGUCCUUGUUGGCAGGAGAAAUUAAGACUACCAGAGCAAUGGCCCAAAAGCAUGCUGAACACAAAGGAUUGAAACAAAGCCUUCAGAAACUUGAAAAAUUGAAUGGGGGAAGUUGA